AUGGAAAAUAUUGUCUCAGAUAGGUGCUGCUCGGUGGAAAAGCACGAGCCAUGGAUAACCUGUACACGUGCCUCAAGACAGAGAUAGCCUCCUUCCAGGACCAUGUCCAGCAAUGCAAGCACUCCUUCAACAUGGACGCUCUUCACCCAGUCUUGAGUGCCCUAACCAGGAAACAGCAGGAUGAAAUCAACACCUUGGAGCAGCUGCGGGUUCUCCUCUCCGAGGUUCAAGAGGAGCCUGCAGUCAGUGGCUACAGCGGCUCAGAAAUAAAACGUUGCAUCACCUGGCUUCUCUCUUUCGUGGAAUAUCUCGGCGCCAUGAAAGAGACCUUUGACGAGAAAGUGGUAGUCCCUCUCUGCGAGAACCUGUACGUAAUUGAGGAAGACGAGAGCACUGCCGCUUCUUCUGAUCAGACUGUCCCUUUCACCUCUGACCCUCAAAGCCCGCCCCCUACAUCUGUGACUAAGGUGGCCAAUGAGCUCCUUGUUCUCCGACGCAGAUGGGCUUUGAUGCUCGUCCCUGGUCUAAUCAAGGCAGAGAACUUCAGUCUACUGACCAAUACUGAUGGGUCUGAGCGGUUCACUGAGCGGUUCGCCAAGGUCCAAUGGCUUGUACCAGAUAUCCUCUAUAUGAGCUCUAGGGCUGCCCAACUUGCCUAUCAGUGGGUGGACCUGCACCAGUGUGGGCACAGGGGUAGAAGAGUAGGGACCAGUGGGUUGGAGGUUACCGAGACAGCCCCAAGGAGGUCUACUGGCCAGAGACGGGAAGCGAGUGAUGAACAGGGCAUCCUGGUUGCGGUAGAAAGGAGAGGGGAGGUAACGGCCGGAGAGGCCCAAGCCAGACUGAUGGGGUCUAGGAUGGAGCUCAUGGCUUUGGCCGGGAAAGAGCAUAGGGUGCUAUCUCUGGAGGUGAGGUUAGAGAAGGCCACCUAUAGGAUCCAGGACCUCCAGGCCAAGCUCCGACAGGAGAGGUUGAUGGUAGAAAGUGCGGCCCAGCAGGAGGCCAGUGAUGUGGAGGAAAGGAAGACAGAGGAGCUGGUCCUCAACCCAAGUCUACAGCUGGAGAGGAGGCUGAGGAUGGAAAGGUACCAUCGGAAGAUACUUCUGGGAGACCUGCUGAUGGAGCUUAAGAUUCGCCCAGUUCUCAUACGCUACACUGAUAUGUUGAGGGAUCGACGCAAACAGCAGGAGGAGACACUACGGGCCAUGGAGGGCAGUACGGGUAGCAGGUUCCCUUCAAAGCCUGAGAGCCUCAACCUCUCCAAACAGUGAAUCCAUCUUCUCUAGCCUGUUGUCCCUCACAUAGACACCCAGCGAGAGACAUUCAUCCUGGGGUACAAGUCUAGGCUGCCUCCGGCUCAUACUCCUAGGGUUGAAGGAGUCCUUCAUCCCUGGGCCUCCAGAUGGACACUCAACCCAACAAAUGGAUUGUUGCCUGGGGGAUGCAUCCUAAUGAAUCCUGGACAAUGCUCCAGCCUCACAUUAGGCCCCUCAGAAGUGAUACCACCCAUAUUUGAUUUAGUUUCUUAGUUUAAGUCUUUCUUUUCAUUCCACCUAAUUUAGUCAAAGAUGAACACACACACACACACACACACACACACACACACACACACACACACACACACACACAGUCAUGUGUGACUGCAAAUUAUGUUUAUUACCA